UGAAAUCGCUCAGCGACCAAAUUGUUAUCACGUUGUUAAGGUAUUGUGCGUUAGACUUAACUGGUUUUUUUGCCAGUUUAAUCGUUUAUUUUACAGUUUUUAAAUGGCGUCCGACUGCGAAAAUAUUAAUAACCGAGAGUUUAACUUUCUGAGAGAUUCUGAUAAGGCCGUGAGGAAGAAAACGCUUGAAAAAAUGAAAAAAGAGAUGAAAAUCAAACAGAAAGAACUUGACAGAGAGGAUUAUCAGAAAGUUGUCAUUCAGAGCUAUAAACAGAUUUUAAAGUGCUUUCACGACCCUUCAGAACGUUGUCGAGAGAUAGCAACCGAGAUAAUUUACGAUUUUAUUAAUUUUUCAAACUCUCCUGAAGAUUUGCUGAGUUACAUUGUGCCUGUGUUUCUUCAAAGGUUGGGUUGUCCAGAAACUAUAGAAACUUCCGAAGAAGUUCGUUUACUGCAGAUACAAACAUUGAAUAUUUUAAUAGAGAAGUGUGGAGAUCACCUCGUGCCGUACUUAGAUGAUUUACUUUGUAUAUUCAGUAAAACGAUUACGGAUGCGUAUCAUGAAGUCAAGAAAGAAUCUUGUCUGUGCGUUAUGAAGUUAGCUGUUGCGGUUCCUUCCCACUUUCAUAUGCAGUCAGAGAGACUUAUCAAACCGCUUCUCCAAACGUUAGGACAUCAGCAUUCGAAAGUUAGGGUAGUCACGAUUAAAGCUAUUGGUAUAGUAAUACAAUAUGGAAAUAAUAAAUCUAUUGAAGAUGUGAGAGCAUCAUUGGCACAGCAGUUAUUAAGUGAAUCAUCAUCUGUUCGAUUAGCAAUCACUACGAUCAUAGGAAAGUGGCUAUGCGAAUUACACGAUCGUUAUUCGUACUUUACCAAGCUAAUCCCUAUUUUCUUAACAUCUUUAACAGAUGAAGUUCCUGAAAUAAGAGAAGAAGCUCAAUCCCUUUGGGAGAAAGCUGGAAAACAAUAUGAGGAAGAGAAUGAAUCAAAGCAUAAAGACCUCUUAGAUUUUCAGAGAGAAUUUCCAUCUCAUUAUCCAGAAGGAGUUCAACGUCCAACUGUCGGUUGCCGACUUCUCGUACAUCAACAUUUUUGUAAUAUUUUGCCUGCAGUUAUAAAUGAUUUGGGAGAUUGGGUUGAAACUGUAAGAGUAAAAGCAGCAAAAUUGUUAUAUUUACUAUUGCUACAUAUGGAGGAAAAUGCUACUAUGUAUCUGGAGCGUAUUCUCACAAAAAUGGCAGAAAUUUCAAAAGAUGAAAAUAAAGAAGUCAUUAAAAUGAUUUCACAAAGUGCAGAAUUAUUAGGAUAUUUUGUAAAACCCAAUGAUUGGAUCAAAAUUCUUCUUCCAACGAUAACCUCUCUUCCAUCGGCUGGUAAUCUUCUUAUUUUAAGUUGCUUAAUUAAAAGAAGUCAAAAGAAAUUAUUAGAAAGUGAACUAGAUAAAGUUUGCAAUGCACUUGCUCAAUCUGAUGUUUGUAGGAGUUUUCAGGUUCAAGAACAGCUUAAUCUUCUAUCCUGUGUCGAAGCAAUUUUAAAUGUCUGCAGAGAAGGUGCUAAAGAAUUCAGUCUGCAGUUAUUUACAGUGUUACUAAUGAUUAAAGCAUUGAUAAAAAUUCAAACUUAUGAUGAAAGAAUCCAAGAAGCAAUGAAAAAUCUUGCUACUAUAGAUGGAUUGUCUUCAAAAGAUGAACUAUAUUCUUUACAUGCCGAAAGUAUUUUGGAUCAGUUACAAAAUAAUCACGAGUUGUGGGGGAUUCAUAGUCCAGAAUUUCUAAUGUUUUUCACUCUCUUAUCUGAUACUGGAAUGCAGUUCACACAUCUUUUAGAAAAAAUUAUGCCAUUGCUUUUGGCUAAUCUUCAAGACAAAAAGGAUCCGGAGUUACGUGUUAAACUAUUUAUGCUUCUCUCCAAAUUAAUUAUGGAAGCAGAUGAAACUGUAGAUUUAUCGAAUGUCAUGAAGACAAUGAUUAGCAAUAUUAUUCUUCCAAACUUAGUGUGGCAUGCCGGUAGGACUGCUACAGCAAUAAGGACAGCUUCUGUCUCAUUUUUAUGGACUUUAGUACUCAGGAAUCUUGUUAAAGCAUCAGACGUUGAAUUGGUGGCAAACGACUUAUUCACAUCUCUAAUAUCUCUGCUAGAAGAUGAAGCUCAAACUACACGUUUGUUUACGUGUAAAAUAUUGUGUAAAAUCAUUCCGAUAUUAUUCCCAUCUGUUGAUGAGAGAAAAAUUUAUAAUUUAUAUCCUGAAUUUCUGAAACGUAUGGAUGAUGUAAGUGAUGAGAUAAGAAUUACUAUGACUCAAGUGUUCAAGAGUUACUUUGACAGCUUUGUUAAUGGAUAUGAUGUAAGUUUGUAUUCAAAACACCUCGAAGCGGUUUAUGGAGGUUUACUUCUUCAUAUGGACGAUCAAAAUCCAGAAGUACAACAAGCUGUUUUAGAUCUUCUGAUUGAGAUUUCCUCGCUCCAUCCUAGCAAAUUACUGGAAGAAAUUGCGAAAGUUAAGGAAAGGCAUCGCACUCAAGAAUAUUGUGAUAAGUUAGUAAACCACAUAAAUGGUUUGGAAAUUAAAGAAUAAUUUUUAUUUAAUUAGUUAUUUGUUAUUAAAUAAAAGAAUAUUUAUUAUUUUUAAAUAUAUCUGUAAUUUA